CAAAGGGGGGAAGAAUAAAGAAGCGUUGAAGAAGCCCGGAGCACGCAUCUCGAGGAUAACGACAUGCCCACACCAACAGGCAUGUUCUUUGCACCACACCAAAUCCCAUUCAACCCCGUACCUAUCUUAUCCAUCUUCUAAUUCCCCUUCAUCCACCCACACUUCAUAUCAUGCACACCCAUCCAUCUUAAUUCACCCCUUUUCAUCCAUAAAUUCACAACGACAAUAAAAUGAGCAUGACCAUGAUGGAGGGUAUGAUGGAAAAGGGCGUGUUAGAUGAUAUUAUUAAAAGAUUGUUGGAUGGUAAAGGUGGGAAACAGGUGCAGUUAUCGGAAUCGGAGAUCCGCCACCUUUGCGUCAACGCUAGACAGAUUUUUAUGUCUCAGCCGAAUCUGCUUCUGCUUCGUGCGCCCAUCAGGAUUUGUGGUGAUAUACACGGACAAUACCAAGAUCUAUUGCGGCUUUUUGAAUGUGGUGGUUAUCCUCCCUCCGAAAACUACCUAUUUCUCGGUGAUUACGUUGACCGAGGUAGACAAAGUUUAGAAACCAUAUGUUUGCUGCUUGCAUACAAGAUAAGGUACCCCGAUAAAGUGUUCCUCUUAAGGGGAAACCACGAAGAUGCCAAAAUUAACCGUGUAUAUGGUUUUUACGACGAAUGUAAAAGAAGAUUUAAUGUCCGUCUUUGGAAGAUAUUCACAGAUUGCUUCAAUUGUUUGCCGGUUGCCGCUUUAGUUGAUGAUAAGAUCCUUUGCAUGCACGGUGGUCUUUCCCCUGAACUCGAGAAUUUGAGACAAAUAAGAGAAAUUGAGCGGCCCACUGAGAUCCCGGAUAACGGGCUUCUUUGCGAUUUAUUGUGGUCUGAUCCGGACCCGGACAUUGAGGGUUGGUCUGACAGUGAUCGCGGUGUGUCAUGUACGUUUGGACCUGACAAAGUUGUUGAAUUUUUGAAGAAGAAUGAUCUUGACCUUAUUUGCAGAGGUCAUCAGGUGGUAGAGGACGGUUACGAGUUUUUUGCUAAACGAAGACUCGUGACGAUAUUUUCAGCGCCUAAUUACGGGGGAGAAUUUGACAAUGCAGGUGCUCUAUUGGGUGUUGAUAAAUCCUUGGUGUGUUCUUUUGAGAUAUUAAAGCCACUUGAUUACUCAAAAAAGCCAGGAACGUCUAAGUUACCGCUUAAGAAGCCGCCCAAAAUUGGAACAUCCUGAGACAAAACCGUGCUAGAGGAACACAGUCGAUUAGUUCUUCAGAAGAAGCAUUUCAUGUCAAAAUGACGAAAUCUGUAAGAUCAGAAAUCUGCAGAAAGUUAGAUGUUUGGAUGCAUUUAAACUUCAUUUCCAGUUGGGUGGUGAAUAUAGAUUGAAAAUGAGCCCCUUCAAGGUUAGGUAGGUUUUGCUGUUGUAUAAAAUUUGUAAAUUUGGAGUGUGUUUGAUUUGAAGUUUGUGUUUCUAUGUUAACCUUCAGAAUUAGAUCAAACUGUAAAAAUGGAAGCUGAAACUGUACACUUUUUUUGCGGCACCGUGUUCUUGUGUGUCACAUCGACAAGAACAUGGAUAUUGCUUCGCGGUUUCUUUCGUGGCGAUCUAAUGUCAUUUGAUUAUGACGAAUUGAAUCGAGUUGAUUCAGGCUCA